AUGUCUCUUCCUUAUCUCAAGUCGCUGAAAAAGCCCGAGUUGGCUGCGUUGGCCGACCAGACCGACUUGCCACACUACGAUGACUAUAACAAGAAUGAUCUUGUCGUAGUAUUGGAUAGACAUCUCCGCGAAAACCGUUCUAUCUUUUCUGGACUCAAGAGCCUCUCUGAAUACUACUCGCGCCUGGCCUCUCCACCCCGCAGAGGAUCGCCCGUGAAGCGCGAAACUGCGCGAACUCCCGCACGAACCCCAGCACGCCGCUCUGCGAAGAAGGAAGUAAAGGAAGAGGAAAUUAUCGAGGAGAUGGAAGAUGUUGCUCCCAGCCCAACCGUAGUCAGCCCAACUCCAGCUCCGACUGUGGCGCGGACGAGCGCACGCCAGUCUGCGCGCCAAACACCCCGCCAGACACAAACACAAACACAAACACAGACACAGACACCCAGUCAAUCUCAAUCUAUUAUAGCUGCCAUCGUGGACUCCGAGCCCUCGCUGCCGGCGUCUCCAGCUGCCAUCACCGAAGCCAUCGAUGCGCAGACACUCAAGUUGCGCGAGAGUAUUGAGAAUGCAUGGACUGCGUCAGGUUUUGUAGAUCGGGCGCAAUCCCUGCGAGCAUCCCUGAGCAGCGUGAAGGCCGUUGAGAUCAUUGUGCUGCUGCUUGAGAGUGGCAGUCUUACGAAGGCGUUGGUGCCGAUACGCUACCUUACUACAACACCGCCUUUGCAAGCGGCGCAUAUCCCCGCGAUUCCCAUCCGUGUUCCUGAUCUAUUUGUGCUGCUGGAAGGAUCGUUCUGGGCGCCGUUUUCGCUGUGGUUACUUACCUGUCUGCUCUUGCCUUUGAUUUCUGCCUACUUUAUUAACUUGAGCUGGAAGGCUUCUAGCAGUGCGCGGCGUACCCGGUCUACGCCUAACCUCGCCCAGUUUGAUCCUUUGACUUUCAACAUCGUCAAGGCGCUGCUGGUGCAUCUUGUGUUUGAGAAGGGGUUCAACUUCUUUGGUUUCUAUAGUGGGUAUGCUGCUGGGAAGGUACUUGACUCGGUCCCUGGUGGAAAUCUCGGUCUUUUGACUGGAACUGCUAUCGGCGGUGUUGGUGCUCUGUACGAGGCGAUUCUGAACCGCUCGUAA